CAAUGAAAGCGUGCUCGUGGUUUUCUUCUUAGCUGCGAUGCUGCGAAGAUUUUACUGUCUAUAGUUUGUGUUUCGGCUUUAUUUGGUUGUAACGUCUCUGAGUUUUACCUGUGGUUCAUUUUUAUUUAUCUUUAUGCCAAAAAGACAACACGAAGGGCAUCUUCUGGACAUCUUAAAGAGUCUUGACUCUGUUUUAGCUCUGUUUUCCAGCUGCCGGUGGAUUUAAGGUCGUGCGGGAAUUUCCACUGUUUCUCGUAGAUUUUAAAUAACCGACACACGCGCGGUGCGUUCACGUGUCAUGUGGACCAUGUGCCCAAAGUGUCGUUAGUUUGUAAACUGAGUAAGAUUCUAGCAUUUUCCCAACAUUAUUAUGGUGUUUUUCUAAACCUAUAAUAGAUUUAAUUUUAAGUUGCACUGCUCAAACCUCCGAUCAUUUUAUCCGCGAAGGACCUUUUGACAAUUCAGUGGUAUAAUUGACCACAUCCCCCACAGAUUCCCCAGCAACAUGCCCAUAAAGCGUUUUGGGAGUCACAAGUCUUUGGUUUCUUACUCUCAAGCCACAAAGUUGUCUUAUGGUUACCCAAACAUGAACAUCUCAAGAAGUGGCUACCGUGUUUUCUCUGCAAACUCCACCACCGCCUGCACCGAGCUGGCCAAGAAGAUAACUGAACGUCUGGGCGUGGAGCUCGGCAAGUCGGUGGUUCAUCAGGAGUCAAACUCAGAAACUCGAGUGGACCUGAAAGAAUCUGUCCGUGGACAAGAUGUCUUUAUCAUCCAGACCAUUCCCAGAGACGUGAACACGGCCAUCAUGGAGCUGCUGGUCAUGUCCUACGCCCUGAAGACGUCCUGCGCCAAGAACAUCAUCGGAGUCAUCCCCUACUUCCCCUACAGCAAGCAGUGCAAGAUGAGGAAGAGGGGCUCCGUCGUCUGCAAGCUGCUCGCCUCCAUGCUGGCGAAGGCCGGUCUGACUCACAUCAUCACCAUGGACCUUCACCAGAAGGAGAUCCAGGGCUUCUUCAGCUUCCCCGUCGACAACCUGAGAGCAUCUCCGUUCCUCAUCCAGUACAUCCAGGAGGAGAUCCCGGACUACAGGAAUGCUGUCAUUGUUGCAAAGUCACCUUCGGCUGCUAAAAGAGCUCAGGCGUACGCUGAGAGGCUGCGGCUGGGACUGGUGGUGAUACACGGGGAGGCAAACCACUCCGAGUCCGACAUGGCGGACGGCCGGCAGUCCCCCCCGCUGACCCGGCCCAGCGCGGGACACACCGGCCUGGAGCUGCCCGUGAUGAUGGCGAAGGAGAAGCCACCGAUCACCGUCGUCGGAGACGUGGGAGGAAGAAUCGCCAUCAUCAUUGACGACAUCAUAGACGACGUGGAGGACUUUGUGGCGGCGGCGGAGAUCCUGAAGGAGCGCGGCGCCUACAAGAUCUACGUCAUGGCCACGCACGGCCUGCUGUCGGCCGACGCCCCGAGGCUGAUAGAGGAGUCCGCCAUCGACGAGGUGGUGGUGACGAACACGGUUCCCCACGAGGUGCAGAAGCUGCAGUGUCCAAAGAUCCAAACGGUGGACGUGAGCAUGGUGCUGGCGGAGGCAAUCCGCCGCAUCCACAACGGCGAGUCCAUGGCCUACCUGUUCCGCAACAUCACCGUGGACGACUGAAACCCGGACGGACGUUUUACAUUCCAGCGCACGACGCGGUCGCAACGCCGACACGUUUGUUUGUUUAGCCAAAGCCUCCGUUGACUGAAUGUUCCAUGUAAAUCAGGCAGCAUCGCCGCAGGAACCGAGGACGCUGCACCUGAUCCAUCACGUGCAGCUCAUCGGUCCGCCGCUGCAGAAUGUGAUAAA